UAUGUCUAGCAAAUGCAUGUUCUGAUAAUCAGAUCUCUCCUACACAAGUGAAACAAAACCUUAAUUUAGGAAUCUGCUCACGUCAGUUGAGAGGGAGGGGUUUGGGUCUGUUGCUGCUGAUGCUGUGGUGUGGAUAUUGCGUUCAUCUUUCUUCUAGUCAUCGCUGCCUUCACUUCGUGCUUGUCAACACCGGCGGCAUUCGCGCCCUAGAUGGCUGCACUUGGCAGUCCUUUGUGAGAUUAUUUUCCCGAGGAUUUUUGACCAAUAAGUAAACCAUGACUGACCCAACGACGCAAGAUUCCUUCCCCGUCCCGGAUCCCACAAUCGUGGAUCCUUCAGCUGUAAGAAACGGCGGAUGCGCUCCGGAGGCGAACCUAUCCAAAAGACCGAGUCAGGGCGAUCCUUUCAGUAUGGACCGGGACCAAGAGAUGAAAAUCACCGACAGUGUUGAGGGACAAGGUAGCCUGCUGGAAAGCAGCAUGCGACUAAAGCCCCACGAGGCUCAAAACUACAGGAAGAAGGCAUUGUGGGUGUCUUGGAUCUCCAUCGUGGUGACACUCAUCCUGGCAGUGGCAGCCUUCACUGUUUCGUUCAUGAGACACAGCGCAUCAGCAUUUGGAUUUGCAUUUGACGCCACGUUGGACGUGCUAUCUUCAAUUAUCGUGCUGUGGCGCUAUAGCAAUGCCGCAGCUGUCCACUCCGCUCAUAGGGAGUACAUAGCGUGCGUGGUCCUUGGGGUGGUCUUCAUCUUGUCCUCCCUGUGUAUUCUAGGAAAAGCAAUCCAUGACCUGGCCACCAAGCUGCUUCCAGAAGUGGAUGACUUCCUCUUCAGUGUGUCUAUUGUCAGUGGGAUUGUAUGUAUCAUCCUGGCUGUGUUCAAGUUCCUGCUGGGGAGAGUGCUGACCAGUAGAGCCCUCAUCACUGACGCUUUUAACUCCAUGGUGGGGGGCAUCAUGGGUUUCUCCAUCCUCAUCAGUGCUGAGGUGUUCAGACACCACCCUGACGUCUGGUACCUGGACGGAUCCAUCGGCGUCAUCAUCGGACUCAUCAUCCUCGCUUACGGUGUCAAACUGCUCCUGGACAUGGUACCCCGGGUGAGACAAACCAGGAACUACGAACGCUUUGAGUGAACGCUCCUAGGACCAGGGUUACACCUGAUGCACCCCCUUCCACUUCUCCUCCCCGCCCCUCCUCUCUUUCUAUCUCACACACACACACACACAUAAGCACAC